CAGCUUCGUUCCAUGCAAUGACAUUGUACCAAACAUUUACACAAUCUAUACGGGGAGUGUGUCUGUUCACAUUGUUGCUGUACAUGUUAUGAAAGACACACGUUGACCGACAUAGUUUUACAAUAUGACACCAAUGUCGACGGGAUUCACUGAAGAGCGACAGGGCAAAGCACAGGUAAACACAUAAAGCUGCUACAAUAACUAGCUAAACUACCCAAGCUAGCCUGUCACUUGCAGUCUGUUAGCAUGCUUACUGCUACUAGCAAGCUGCAGUUCAUGUAGGCUAGAUAGCUAACGUUUUCGAUGCGCUCGAAUGCUUGACAAUAAAGCAGGUUGCUUCAAUGGAUAUGUGUUGAUGAAAUCAAUGGAGGUUCGUUUUUGUGACAGCUAACCUGUGUGUGUGUGUGUGUGUGUGUGUGUGUGUGUGUGUGUAUAUAGAGUCCUGUAGGAAUGGAUUACAUCCCCACAGAAGAUGAGAGGAGAGUCUUCAGAGAAUGCAACCAGGAGAGCUUCUGGUACAGAUGUAAGUUACCAUGGGUAACACAGACAGACAAAAUAUCAAUACAUUUGACAGGAGCCUAUAUUUGAUAGGAGUCAAGUUCACGUUCAAGAUAUCAUUAAUUCUAGGUGCAGGUAUUGAUGCAUGGUGUGAUUCUAACCUUGUUUCUCCCCUCCCUUCCUACAGCCGUGCCCUUCUCAGUGGUCAGCAUGCUUGUCACUCAAGGCCUCAUCCAUAGAGGUAGGCCCACCUUCCAUUUCCCCUCAUCACUGUAUCUUACUGUACAUGUAUGAUCUUAUAUAGAAUAGUAGCUUCCAGUUAGAGAUACCUUAAUGACAAGUGCCAUCCGAGAUGAAGGUGACGAGACAGCAGCCAAAAAGAUGGAGGUGUUUGCUGCAGAUGAAGAGACAGCAGCCAAAAAGAUGGAGGUGUUUGCUGCAGAGGGCUGCAGAUGAAGGUGAAGAGACAGCAGCCAAAAAGAUGGAGGUGUUUGUUGCAGAGGGCUGCAGAUGAAGGUGACGAGACAGCAGACAAAAAGAUGGAGGUGUUUGCUGCAGAUGAAGAGACAGCAGCCAAAAAGAUGGAGGUGUUUGUUGCAGAGGGCUGCAGAUGAAGGUGAAGAGACAGCAGACAAAAAGAUGGAGGUGUUUGCUGCAGAUGAAGGUGACGAGACAGCAGACAAAAAGAUGGAGGUGUUUGCUGCAGAUGAAGAGACAGCAGCCAAAAAGAUGGAGGUGUUUGUUGCAGAGGGCUGCAGAUGUUGCACUUUUGAGGAGUGUCUGCAACCCACCCGGUCGACACUUGCCUUUUCUUCCAUGAAUUGGACUAGUGGCAUCAAGACUGACUCUCCUCUGUUCCUUCCUGUCUUAACCCUGGUGGCAUCAAGACUGACUCUCCUCUGUUCCUUCCUGUCUUAACCCUGGUGGCAUCAAGACCGACUCUCCUCUGUUCCUUCCGGUCUUAACCCUGGUGGCAUCAAGACCGACUCUCCUCUGUUCCUUCCUGUCUUAACCCUGGUGGCAUCAAGACUGACUCUCCUCUGUUCCUUCCUGUCUUAACCCUGGUGACAUCAAGACUGACUCUCCUGUGUUCCUUCCUGUCUUAACCCUGGUGACCUCAAGACUGACUCUCCUGUGUUCCUUCCUGUCUUAACCCUGGUGACAUCAAGACUGACUCUCCUCUGUUCCUUCCUGUCUUAACCCUGGUGACAUCAAGACUGACUCUCCUGUGUUCCUUCCUGUCUUAACCCUGGUGACCUCAAGACUGACUCUCCUGUGUUCCUUCCUGUCUUUUAGGAGCUCUGACGUCGUCGUCCAGGUUUGGAUCCCUCCCUAAAGUGGCCUGUGAGUUCACUGAACACAGACAUGUGUGUUUGUGUAUAAAGUGUGUGUGCAUUGUUAUUAUGAGAAGGUAACACAGUGUGUGUCCAGUUGCGGGGCUGUGUGGCUACCUGGCAGGGAAGAUGUCGUACAUGAAGCAUUGUCAGGAGAAGUUCAAGAGGCUGGAGCACUCCCCUCUGGGAGAAGCACUGAGACAGAGGACCAGACCCAACGCACAGUCAGUAACACACACACACACACACACACACACACACAUUCUCUCACUCACACACACACAUUCUCUCACUCACACUCUCUCACACACACACACUCUCCUCUUCUCUCUCAGGUCGUCUCAGGGCCCCCAGUCAGAGAUGAGUGACCCCGACCAGGUGACCUUUGACCCCAUGUUCCAGGCCUCUGACCCCCAGAGCCAGGUACACACAAAACACACACAUUUAAAUACUUUCCGAGUCCACCAAUCAAAUGUACAUAACAAAUGGAUCCAAACAUUUCUAAGGUCCCUGUAUGCAUGGCACUCAACAGUACAGAAAGCACCUCCUUCUCCAAACAGCUUGGCUGCCCACGACGGCUGAAACAGAGCAGUACCUAGCCAACUGCUUUCCUUCUCCAUAUAGCUCACGACGGCUGAAACAGAGCAGUACCUAGCCAACUGCUUUCCUUCUCCAUAUAGCCCACGACGGCUGAAACAGAGCAGUACCUAGCCAACUGCUUUCCUUCUCCAUAUAGCCCACGACGGCUGAAACAGAGCAGUACCUAGCCAACUGCUUUCCUUCUCCAUAUAGCCCACGACAGCUGAAACAGAGCAGUACCUAGCCAACUGCUUUCCUUCUCCAUAUAGCCCACGACGGCUGAAACAGAGCAGUACCUAGCCAACUGCUUUCCUUCUCCAUAUAGCCCACGACAGCUGAAACAGAGCAGUACCUAGCCAACUGCUUUCCUUCUCCAUAUAGCCCACGACGGCUGAAACAGAGCAGUACCUAGCCAACUGCUUUCCUUCUCCAUAUAGCCCACGACAGCUGAAACAGAGCAGUACCUAGCCAACUGCUUUCCUUCUCCAUAUAGCCCACGACGGCUGAAACAGAGCAGUACCUAGCCAACUGCUUUCCUUCUCCAUAUAGCCCACGACAGCUGAAACAGAGCAGUACCUAGCCAACUGCUUUCCUUCUCCAUAUAGCCCACGACGGCUGAAACAGAGCAGUACCUAGCCAACUGCUUUCCUUCUCCAUAUAGCCCACGACGGCUGAAACAGAGCAGUACCUAGCCAACUGCUUUCCUUCUCCAUAUAGCCCACGACAGCUGAAACAGAGCAGUACCUAGCCAACUGCUUUCCUUCUCCAUAUAGCCCACGACGGCUGAAACAGAGCAGUACCUAGCCAACUGCUUUCCUUCUCCAUAUAGCCCACGACGGCUGAAACAGAGCAGUACCUAGCCAACUGCUUUCCUUCUCCAUAUAGCCCACGACAGCUGAAACAGAGCAGUACCUAGCCAACUGCUUUCCUUCUCCAUAUAGCCCACGACGGCUGAAACAGAGCAGUACCUAGCCAACUGCUUUCCUUCUCCAUAUAGCCCACGACAGCUGAAACAGAGCAGUACCUAGCCAACUGCUUUCCUUCUCCAUAUAGCCCACGACGGCUGAAACAGAGCAGUACCUAGCCAACUGCUUUCCUUCUCCAUAUAGCCCACGACAGCUGAAACAGAGCAGUACCUAGCCACUGCUUUCCGUCUCCAUAUAGCCCACGACAGCUGAAACAGAGCAUACCUAGCCAACUGCUUUCCUUCUCCAUAUAGCCCACCGACAGCUGAAAACAGAGCAGUACCUAGCCAACUGCUUUCCUUCCUCCAUAUAGCCCACGACGGCUGAAACAGAGCAGUACCUAGCCAACAGCUUUCCUUCUCCAUAUAGCCCACGACAGCUGAAACAGAGCAGUACCCAGCCAACUGCUUUCCGUCUCCAUAUAGCCCACGACAGCUGAAACAGAGCAGUACCUAGCCAACAGCUUUCCUUCUCCAAAUAGCUCACGACAGCUGAAACAGAGCAGUACCUAGCCAACUGCUUUCCUUCUCCAAUAGCCCACACAGCUUGAAACAGAGCAGUACCUAGCCAACUGCUUUCCUUCUCCAAAUAGCUCACGACAGCUGAAACAGAGCAGUACCUAGCCAACUGCUUUCCUUCUCCAAAUAGCUCACGACGGCUGAAAUAGAGCAGUACCUAGCCAACUGCUUUCCUUCUCCAAAUAGCUCACGACAGCUGAAACAGAGCAGUACCUAGCCAACUGCUUUCCUUCUCCAAAUAGCUCACGACGGCUGAAAUAGAGCAGUACCUAGCCAACUGCUUUCCUUCUCCAAAUAGCUCACGACGGCUGAAACAGAGCAGUACCUAGCCAACUGCUCUGCCAAAGUUGUUGUCACCUCCCCCUAGCCUGCCUAGCCCCCCUGGCCCCCCCACAACAACACUAUAUGGUGUAUUUGACACACAGGAAAAUACAUAAUCAAACCAGCUUCCUGUUACACAAGACUGUUUAUGGAUGUGUGCUGUUGGUGAAACUACCUGUCUCACCUCGCUGGCUAUCAGGUCGACAAGGCGGUCAUGUCUAGCAAUGUACAAAUCCUUGUAUGAACGGCAACCAAUCACAACAUGGGCAACGGACUCCGUAACAUUUGACUCAUGUAGAAUACAAAAUGGGUCAUGGUUUGCAGGGUACCAGAGUGCUAGAUUAUAUUUUUGUUGGUAGAACUUGCAGCUUCGCCUUAACAGUAAAGGUGAGAAUGUCCUCGCCAAAUGGCAGCAUUCUGGUACAUGGAAUGGGAGACAGAGAGGUCAGCACAGUCCAGAACAGUGAGUUUCCCCCUGCAGCCUCAGGCCAGUCCAGUUUCCCCCUGCAGCCUCAGGCCAGUCCAGUUUCCCCCUGCAGCCUCAGGCCAGUCCAGUUUCCCCUGCAGCCUCAGGCCAGUCCAGUUUCCCCCUGCAGCCUCAGGCCAGUCCAGUUUCCCCCUGCAGCCUCAGGCCAGUCCAGUUUCCUCCUGCAGCCUCAGGCCAGUCCAGUUUCCCCCUGCAGCCUCAGGCCAGUCCAGUUUCCCCCUGCAGCCUCAGGCCAGUCCAGUUUCCCCCGGCAGCCUCAGGCCAGUCCAGUUUCCCCCUGCAGCCUCAGGCCAGUCCAGUUUCUCCUGCAGCCUCAGGCCAGUCCAGUUUCCCCUGCAGCCUCAGGCCAGUCCAGUUCCCCCUGCAGCCUCAGGCCAGUCCAGUUUCCCCUGCAGCCUCAGGCCAGUCCAGUUUCCCCCUGCAGCCUCAGGCCAGUCCAGUUUCCCCCUGCAGCCUCAGGCCAGUCCAGUUUCCCCCUGCAGCCUCAGGCCAGUCCAGUGUUGCAGUAGCUGCGUCCGUCUGAUACCGAGGAGUGUUGUCCUGGAUGCAGGAUGGAGAUGGGUGACGGAAGCCUCCACAACACAACACCCGCAGUCACUGGCUCAGUUUGCAUAUCAGUCCGUGUCCACCUGAGCUCCACUCAGUACUACACCAUGUGCUCUGUGUAAGUGUCCCGUUUUGAUUCUGUGUGUCAGGUCCCACCCGACGCCAGAGACUAUGGAUACAGUGACGCCCCCACCCCAGCAGCACAGACCAGCCGCACCGCUGCAGACAUCGACUACAACAUGCCAGGUAACCAUGGCAGCAAGCAGUAACCUAACUCUGGAUGGGGAGUCUGUUAGAUGACUAAUGUGAUGUAGUUGUUGAGCGGCUUCACUGCUAGUAUAUUGUAUGUUUUAAAUAUUCAAUAAAUAUAAAAAAAAAAAAAAAAAAAAAAAAAGUAGUAACCUAACUACAGCGUUAACCAUGACAACCGCCACGGGAUCCUCCUAGUUAACUGCCUGAUUAACCUCAGUCUGACCCUUUCCACCUCUCCUCCUGCAGCCCGACCUCUGAACUCUGACCUCUAACCUGUAAUCUUGGACGUCUCUCUCCCCUGCAGCCCGACCUCUGACCUCUAACCUCUAACCUGUAAUCUUGGACGUCUCUCUCCCCUGCAGCCCAGGGUCGUUUUCUAACUAGGAACCGAGCGGAGGGUGGAGUUGCCCCCUAGACACUGAUCUUAGGUCAGUUGCAAUAGGAAGUCCCACCCAAUAGGAAGUCCCACCCAAUAGGAAGUCCCACCCAAUAGGAAGUCCCACCCAAUAGGAAGUCCCACCCAGUUGGUUUCAUCUCGCUGUGAUAUUCUACCCUAUUGAUCUUAGGUCAGUUGCAAUAGGAAGUCCCACCCAGUUGACUACUUUAGAAUUGUCCUCAAUGACAAUGUCCAUGUUUAAACAAGUUAUUUCCAAGUAGAUAUCUAUCUACACUGAACAAAAAUAAACGUAACAUGCAACAAUUUCUCAAAUUUGACUGAGUUACAGUUCAUAUGAGGAAAUCGGUCAAAUGAAAUAAAUGUAUUAGGCCCUAAUCUAUGGAUUUCACAUGACUGGGAAUACAGAUAUGCAUAUGUUGGUCACAGAUACCUUACAAAAAAAAGAUAGGGGCGUGGAUCAGAAAACCAGUCAGUAUCUGGUGUGACCAGCAUAUGCCUCAUGCAGCGCGACACAUCUCCUUCGCAUAGAGUUGAUCAGGCUGUUGAUUGUGGCCUGUGGAAUGUUGUCCCACUCCUCUUCAAUGGCUGUGUCGAAGUUGUUGGAUAUUGGCGGGAACUGGAACACCACGGUGUUGUAUACGUCGAUCCAGAGCAUCCCAAACAUGCUCAAUGGGUGACAUGUCUGGUGAGUAUGCAGAUUAUGGAACUGGGACAUUUUUCAGAUUCCAAGAAUUCUGUACAGAUCCUUGCGACAUGGGGCCGUGCAUUAUCAUGCUGAAACAUGAAUGUGAUGGCGGCGGAUGAAUGGCCUCAGGAUCUCGUCACGGUAUCUCUGUGCGUUCAAAUUGCCAUCGAUAAAAUGCAAUUGUGUUUGUCGUCCGUAGCUUAUGCCUGCCCAUACCAUAACCCCACCGCCACCAUGGGGAACUCUGUUUACAUCAGCAAACUGCUCCCCCACGUGACUCCAUCUGCCCGGUUCAGUUGAAACUGAGAUUCAUCCGUGAAGAGCACACUUCCCCAGUGUGCUAGUGGCCAUUUGAAGGUUAGCAUUUUCCCACAGAAGUCGGUUACGACACCCAACUGCAGUCAGGUCAAGACCCUGGUGAGGACGAACGAGCACGCAGAUGAGCUUCCCUGAGAUGUUUUCUGACAGUUUGUGCAGAAAUUAUUCGGUUAUGAAAACCCACAGUUUUCAUCGGCUGUCCGGGUGGCUUGUCUCAGACCAUCCUGCAGGUGAAAAAGUCGGAUGUGGAGUUCCUGGGUUGGCGUGGUUACACGUGGUCUGCGGUUGUGAGACCGGUUGGACGUACUGCCAAUUUCUCUAAAGCGGCUUAUGGUAGGGAAAUGAAAUUUCAAUUCUCUGGCAACAGCUCUGGUGGACAUUCCUGCAGUCAGCAUGCUAAUUGCAUGCUGCCUCAAAACUGGAGACAUCUGUGGCAUUGUGUUGUGUGACAAAACUGUACAUUUUACUUGUCCUUUUAUUGUCCCCAGCACAAGUUGCACCUGUGUAAUGAGCAUGCUGUUUAAUCAGCUUCUUGAUAUGCCUCACCUAUCAGGUGGAUGGAUUAUCUUGGCAAAGGAGAAAUGCUCACUAACAGGGAUGUAAACAAAUUUGUGCACAACAUGAGAGAAAUAAGCUUUUUGUGCGUAUGGAACAUUUCUGGGAUAUUUUAUUUCAGCUCUUGAAUCAUGGGACCAACACUUUACAUGUUGCGUUUAUAUUUUUGUUCAGUAUAUCUGCACCUAGGGAAAACGUCACCCCGGAGCAAACUGUGGGGCCCUACCUGAAUUUGUCCAAUAAAGUGCUUGUGAUCGUUUUCCUGACCCCGUCACCUCUGACCUCUGCCCCCUUCCAGCCCAGUCGUUCCUGGAUGACGAGGAACCCAGGAGGAAGCCCAUCAUGUACGAGCACCUAAGGAACAAGAACCGAGAGAACUAUGAGGUCACGCUUACCCAGAAGGCUGAGACGCUGCUCAAACCAGAGCCUGACCGGCAAGAGAGGACCGCCCCCAAGAUGGACGGUGAGUCAGUGACUGUGUCCUAAAUGGCACCCUAUUCCCUAUAUAGUGCACUACUUUAGACCAGAGAAUGGCACCCUAUUCCCUAUAUAGUGCACUACUUUAGACCAGAGAAUGGCACCCUAUUCCCUAUAUAGUGCACUACUUUAGACCAGAGAAUGGCACCCUAUUCCCUAUAUAGUGCACUACUUUAGACCAGAGAAUGCCACCCUAUUCCCUAUAUAGUGCACUACUUUAGACCAGAGAAUGGCACCCUAUUCCCUAUAUAGUGCACUACUUUAGACCAGAGAAUGGCCCCCUAUUCCCUAUAUAGUGCACUACUUUAGACCAGAGAAUGGCACCCUAUUCCCUAUAUAGUGCACUACUUUAGACCAGAGAAUGGCCCCCUAUCCCUACAUAGUGCACUACUUUAGACCAGAGAAUGGCACCCUAUUCCCUAUAUAGUGCACUAUUUAGACCAGAGAAUGGCACCCUAUUCCCUAUAUAGUGCACUACUUUAGACCAGAGAAUGGCACCCUAUUCCCUAUAUAGUGCACUACUUUAGACCAGAGAAUGGCACCCUAUUCCCUAUAUAGUGCACUACUUUAGACCAGAGAAUGGCACCCUAUUCCCUAUAUAGUGCACUACUUUAGACCAGAGAAUGGCACCCUAUUCCCUAUAUAGUGCACUACUUUAGACCAGAGAAUGGCACCCUAUUCCCUAUAUAGUGCACUAUUUAGACCAGAGAAUGGCACCCUAUUCCCUAUAUAGUGCACUACUUUAGACCAGAGAAUGCCACCCUAUUCGCUAUAUAGUGCACUACUUUAGACCAGAGAAUGCCACCCUAUUCACUAUAUAGUGCACUACUUUAGACCAGAGAAUGGCACCCUAUUCACUAUAUAGCGCACUACUUUAGACCAGAGAAUGCCACCCUAUUCACUAUGUAGUGCACUACUUUAGACCAGAGAAUGGCACCCUAUUCACUAUAUAGUGCACUACUUUAGACCAGAGCCUAUAGGCUUCUGUGUGCCAUUUGACGCAGCCUCUGUGCCCAUGUUCAGAUACUUGUCCUAUGUGCGAGAAUAUAACGUUUCCCAGUAUGUGUAAUAUUAUUAUUAUUAUAUUUUAAAUGCCAUUCCGGCUUUUCAUCUAGUAUGAAUUGGCUGCACGUUAUUGAGAAAGAGAAGUCUUCAGACCCACUUGUCUGACAACAGCUGAUAAUCAAGCCAAUAGGGUCGUGUUCAUUAGGCGUUACUGAGGAAGAGAAGUCUUCAACAGCUGAUAAUCAAGCCAAUAGGGUCGUGUUCAUUAGGCGUUACUGAGGAAGAGAAGUCUUCAACAGCUGAUAAUCAAGCCAAUAGGGUCAUGUUCAUUAGGCGUUACUGAGGAAGAGAAGUCUUCAACAGCGGAUAAUCAAGCCAAUAGGGUCAUGUUCAUUAGGCGUUACUGAGGAAGAGAAGUCUUCAACAGCGGAUAAUCAAGCCAAUAGGGUCGUGUUCAUUAGGCGUUACUGAGGAAGAGAAGUCUUCAACAGCUGAUAAUCAAGCCAAUAGGGUCAUGUUCAUUAAGGGUGCAACGUUUCCAGAGAGGAGAAAAUAAUAAUGUUGUUCAUCGUCCCUUCAUCCUCUCCUCUAUUCUCUGCUCCUUUCAUUCUUUCAGCGGGGAAGAAGAAUGUCUACGGAGACAGCUGGGAGGAGGAGUGAGUCUCUCCAUCCCACCUCGUCAUCUGUUAUCACUGGCAGUGCUGAUUGCGCAACGAUACCCACAAAAAAAAACCAUGUGGUUGCUUUGCUAUGAUUUAGGUCUCAAUUUAUUAAAAUGGGAGAAUCUCAAUUGCUUUUCCUUGUUUCCCCUCUCCUCGUCUUCUCAAAACCCAUUGGAUGAGA